AUGUCUGUACCCAACUCUAGGAAACGAGCAGCACCGGGAGCAUCGCCUAUGGUGCCCAUACCGCAGCAAAUGCAACCACAAUACAACGCAGGAAAUGGGGCGGGAAAUCAGGGACUGCGAUGGAAUGGGAUGGCCGACCCCUCAAACUACAUGAAUGGAGUGGACGGGAUCAUGGACGACAAUGGAAACUCGUUUGGUCUCGUUCCGGCACAGCAGCAAUAUUCUCAGCCCGUGCCGACCCCAUCAAACACAAUUGCGCGGCGACAAAUGAAUCAUGCGCUUGUUCCGACGAACCAACGAAACUUUGAUGGGGCAGUCGAGCCAUGGGGAAACUUUGUCGGUGAUGAAAACACACUACUUCAAGGAAAUUUCGAAAAUUUGAACGAGCAGGAUAAUGUCGAGGUGUUGGAGGAGAGGGCCCAAAAGGCAAAAAGGGAAGCGCAAGCCAAGCGCAAGCAGAUCCCCCCGUUUGUGCAGAAACUGAGCAGUUUCCUAGAGGAGCGCAAAAACGAAGACUUGAUCCGAUGGUCGGAAAAGGGAGAUUCGUUCAUCGUGCUUGAUGAGGACGAAUUUGCCAAGACUUUGAUCCCAGAAUUGUUCAAGCACAACAAUUAUGCCUCUUUCGUUCGGCAACUCAACAUGUAUGGCUUCCACAAACGUGUGGGGCUGUCAGACAAUUCUAUGCGGGCUAGCGAGCGCAAGAACAAGAGCCCAAGCGAAUAUUCCAACCCUUAUUUCCGACGAGGGCACCCAAAUCUUCUAUGGCUGAUCAAUAAGCCUAAGAGUGGGAGCAAAGCUAAGAAGGGCUCAAAAGGUGUCGAGGGGGACAAUGAUAGCGAAGACGAGGUUGCCAACGAGGAGGUACUUACCUCUGGGCUGCCAACUGCUGCUCAACCCCCUCGAUCUUUGCCAGCUGGUGAAUCUCAGCCAGUGCCCAAAAAGGAGAUGAGCCUUAUUCGUGAAGAGUUGGGUAAGGUUAGGGAUCAGCAGAAGCUCAUCCUCGGCGCAAUAAGUCGUCUGCAGCGGAACAACACUGAGCUGUACAACCAGGCCCUCAUGUUCCAGAGCCAACACGACCGUCACCAGAAUUCUAUCAACGCGAUUCUCAACUUCCUCGCCAAUGUGUUUAGGAAAACACUGGAAGAUCAGGGCAAUUCGCAGAAUGUCAGUGACAUCAUCUCGAUGAUCACGAACCAAACCAGCAACCAGCAGUCUACGCAGCACGGUAGCGUGUUUGAGCUGGGCGAUUUUAUCCAACAGAUGAAUCCCAACUCAUAUGGGACACCCAAGAAGACCAGAGGGCUUUUACCGGCUCCUCAUCAGAACAAUCGUGCCCAGACAGCCAGAUCAUCUACUACUCCAAGCAGGUCUACGCCUGGCAACACAGCUUAUCAGCCCGUCAGUCACCACAACCACAACCCUGAGAUGGGUCAUGUCACAGAACUUGUCGACAAUUCCCCCAGCGACACAGCCUCUCCCAACCUUCGUCAGGAACUUGAGGCAAAUCCCGAGGAACGAAUGAUGAGCCUCAUUAACGAACACAAUAAACACAACAACAGCCAUGGCAUGGAUAUUCCAGACGCAGCAGAUUUAGUUGCCAGUGCGCCCAACGCAUUGAGCAAUGCUCAGCGAAACAAGCUGGUAAACUUUAUGGCCGGGCAGUCCUCUGCUGCUCCUUCGGGCAGGUCAACUCCUGUCUCUGCUACACCAGUCCCUACUCCUGCACAGAUCCCUACGUCCAGUUCCCACAUGGCCAUGCCCACUAUGUCUACCUCUGCCUCUGUCUCACCACCACCAACCGAAUCCGUUCCACCCCCUUCGCUCUCCCCCAUCAUGGGCCCGCCAAUGGCGCCGCCUUCUAUCAACGAAAUCCACUCCAACUCAAUCGACCUGGACCAGCUUCAGCGCCUCCAGAGCGAACAGGACGCUAAGAUAAGCGAGCUCGGCAAUAUGCUAGGACCGUUGAGUCCUUCUGGACAUGUCCCCGGCCUGAGUGAUGACGCGGGAGCGUACUUCGAUCCCCAGUCGACCGAUUUCGACCAAUUCUUUGACAUCAAUGCACUGUCGGGCGAACAUCAAUUUGGCGAUGGCAACGAUUUUAACUUCACUCUCGACACAGACCCAAGCCAUCAAAGCCAUCAAAGCCAUCAAAGCCAUCAAAACCAAGCGUCACUGCACCCAGGACAUGUGAUGCCACACGCGAGUCACACCAAUACACCCAGUCCUGCCGGCACAGAAGAAAUACACCGUGAGGAUUUACGGUUAGAAAACACCCCCGAUCGAGGAAUCAAACGGCAACGCGUAGCCUAG